AUGGGGAGAGUCGCGAGCAGCAAAGCCAGGAAACAAAGACAUGAUCCGCUGUUAAAGGAUCUAGACUCGGCUCAUGGAAAUUUAAGAAAAGCUUCGAAAAAGAGUGAUGGUAGACAAGAUGGUGAUGAGAUCCAAGAUGAGGACUACGUGGACGCGGCGGCCUCAAGAAAAAUUUUGACAUUGGCUAAGGAGCAGCAACAGGAAAUCGAAGAAGAGGAUGAUAAGCUCAAGGUGGAACAAACGGACCCUUUUGCUAGGUUUCGCAUCGGAAGACAAAGCCAAAAUGAUGAUGACGAUGAGGAAGACGAUGAAGCCUUGGCUGAGGACAUAUCAGAUUUCGAACCUUACGACGAAAAUGAUGACCAGGGAGAAGAAGAGGAAGUAGUGGAGAUCGACGAGGAAGAUGCCGCGAUGUUCGAACAAUAUUUCAAAAAAUCAACUGACUUUAAUUCGGACUUCCAGAGCUACAAUCUGGCAGAUAAGAUCAUGGCGUCUAUCCGUGAAAAAGAAUCGCAGCUAGAUGCAGGCAAACCUGAUGGUAACAUGGAUGGUUCUGCCAACGCUGAUGCUCCAGAUGAAGGUGUCGCGCUUCCAUCAAAAGUCAUCAGAGCUUACACUACCGUUGGAUCAAUCCUUAAAACAUGGACCCACGGGAAACUUCCCAAGCUUUUCAAAGUGAUUCCUUCUUUAAACAACUGGCAAGACGUCUUGUACGUGACAAAUCCAACAGAAUGGUCCCCUCAACUUGUUUAUGAGGCCACGAAGCUUUUUGUUUCUAACUUGUCCGCGAGGGAGGCUCAAAAAUUCAUUAAUAUAGUUCUUUUGGAUCGUUUUCGCGAUAACAUUGAGAAUAACGAAGAUCACUCGUUGAAUUACCACAUUUACAGAGCAUUAAAGAAAUCUCUCUAUAAACCAAGUGCCUUUUUUAAGGGUUUUCUAUUUCCAUUAGUAGAGACCGGCUGCAAUAUUCGUGAGGCAACUAUUGGUGGAAGUGUGUUGGCAAAGAUUUCCAUUCCUGCUCUGCACUCAUCAGCUGCGCUGAGUUAUCUACUAAGAUUACCGUUCUCGCCUGCCACCACUGUGUUUAUUAAGAUUUUAUUGGAAAAGAAGUACGCGCUUCCUUAUCAAACUGUUGACGACUGCGUUUAUUAUUUCAUGAGAUUCAGAAUAUUAGAUGACAGAAGCAAUGGCGAUGACGGCGAGAGAACUUUGCCCGUUGUUUGGCACAAAGCGUUCCUAUCUUUUGCUCAACGGUACAAGAAUGAUAUCACCCAAGAUCAAAGAGACUUUUUGUUAGAAACGGUUCGUCAAAGAGGUCACAAAUCUAUUGGUCCCGAAAUUAGACGUGAACUGCUCGCAGGUGAAAGUAGAGAGUUUGUAAACAACCUUGAGAACAAGGAUGACUUAAUGCUAGAUGUGCAGUAG